UAAACUCAGACGAAAGAAAACCCUAGCUAGAUGUAGACUUUCUGGGACUAGCUAAAGUUCAAAACCAAGGGAAAGAUGUACAAAUCGGUAAAGGAAGUCAUCAACUCCGUGAUCUCUCAAUCCAGCGUCCACGGCAUUCCCAGAAUCCUCUCCUCCAAACACAGGUAUCAGCGCGUGCUAUGGUUGUGUUUGAUUCUUGGAACGUUUGGAGUUUUAGUGCACCAACUCUAUCAACUGUUUUGUGAAUACAAGAGCUAUCCAAUAAAAACAAAGGUUUCCAUGAAAAGGGAAACGCUGCGUUUUCCAGCUGUUUCAUUUUGUAAUAUGAACGCCAUGAAAACCUCUCAAAUGAAACUUAUAAAUGAAACAAAACUUUAUGAGCUUAUUAUGCCCGAUGAAAGUGAUUCGAAUGACGAUGAAAUGGGAAAUCAAAUGAACAAUGAAAGCAACAAUGCAGAAAUAGAUUAUACAGACUUUGAUUCGAUUGAAUACUUUUAUGACGAUGAAAUGAUUGACCCAAUGGAAAAUCAAAUGAACAAUGAAAGCAACAAUGCAGAAAUAGAUAAUACAGACUUUUAUUACUAUGAUUAUUUUAAUUUUUUGAAUUUUUGGUAUUAUUCUAAUGAUUACGAUACCAAUCUAUACGAGGAUGACACAUUAAAUGACCAGUCCUCUUUUAAUCAAUUCAUCAAUUAUGAAAAGGGUCAGCAGGAAUUGAAAAAUGAUCCAAGAAGUGAAAAAGUGAAAGUAUUUAAGAACCUCUUUCAAAACAUGUCCAAAUCCACCCGGAAAGAGUUAGGACAUCGCAUUGAGGAUUUACUGAUAGAAUGUUCCUUCAACGGCAAACAGUGUUCAGCAGAGGACUUCACUCUCUUUCAAUCUCUUGACUUUGGAAAUUGUUAUACUUUGGAAAGCGAUCUAUUCAUUGCCAGAAGACUUGGUCCUAUGAAUGGUUUACAAAUGAUAUUACAAGUAGAAAAUUUUGAGCAAAAGGAAAACUUUUUGGAUGGGUCGGGUGUUCGACUGGUCAUACAUGAACCCGGAACUCUUCCGUUUCCUGAAGAAGAAGGGUUCACCCUUAGUCCUGGAUAUGAGACAAGCAUAGGAAUGAAAAUGGUCGCAUUAUCUCGAUCCAAACCUCCUUAUGGCAAUUGUAGUGAAGGAGAAAGUUUCUACCAAACCUACGGCGUGCGCUACACAAUGUCGACAUGCCUUCAUAUUUGCAGAAAUAUCAAUGUCAUAGAGAUAUGUAAAUGCCUACCCUCGGAAAAUAUAGUGGACAUCGACUAUAUGGACCAGUUUUAUUCGCUUCCUGUUUGUUCUCUCGUAGAAAAUAACAAGACUAAAAAACACAACUUCAAGAAGAAGACUUGUGAGGAAUAUGUAUUCUACCAGAUAGAGGAAAACAAAAUCAAUUGUGGAUGUGAAAGUGCUUGCAGAGAGACUGUGUACAAAAACACCCUCUCGGGCCGCGUGUGGCCAAAAGAUUCCUACUAUAGAGACGAAUUAUUGAAUUUAACGUGUUCAAAAAGUAAUCAUUCAUAUUGUUCAGAAUACGACUCGGACUAUUUAGAAUACAUAAAUUUAAAAGACAACUUCCUAAAAACAGUGAUUUAUUACGAGGAUCUAAAUUUUGAGGAAAUAUCAGAGGAGCCUCUUUACGAUGGUUUUCGGUUCCUCUCGGAUAUAGGCGGUACCCUUGGACUCUUCUUGGGCGCGUCCAUUUUGAGUUUUGUCGAACUCGUUCAACUCAUGGUAGAAAUUUUAUACUACUUCCAGUACAAAUGUUUGAAAAACAAACCGGCUGUGAAGAAGAAUCGCAUUCAAGUUGAACCUGUUUAGGGACCUAGUAUGAUUAAUGGUUGACAGUUUAAAGCGAAAACAAAAGAACAUUGUCAAUUAAAUUGUGUUUAAAUAAUAUGAUCUCUCUGGAAAUUGAUAUCUUGGAUUUUGACCGCCAUAAGAGAACGUCGAUAAUCGAAGGGAAUCUAAUUGAAAUUAGACGUUCUGAAUUUGCUACUGCCACUCGUCUUCAAAACCGGUAGCGCAUUCAGAACAUCUAAAUUUAAUUAGAUAAGUCGAUGACAAAUAAUGAAUUUUUAGCAAUUUAUGAAACUAGCCACAUUGUUUUUUAUAUAAAUGAUGACACUUUACUUUUUGCCUUUAAUAGAUCAAAUGGAUUUAUAUGUAUGUUUUGAGCUAUAAUGAUUAUUUUAGAAUAUGCAUGGAAUUUUACAGUAAAAUGUACCUUCUAUGUAGAACCACUACAAUAAGAGAUUGCAUUUUUUUAUCCGCUUACAAUGAGAAACCUUCAGUAAGUCAAACAAUAUUAAAUUUUACACUGAUUUCCCCAAGAAUGACUUAACUUGAAAAUCUUUUUACCUGGACUAAGAGAUUCUAGUGUACACUAAAGUGGUGAUACAAUUUAGAAUAUAUACCUUAUUAAAAUAGUUGUCUGAUUUUAUAAUAAAUAGCAUACUCGUAGCUUUCUUUUAAAAAAGUAACCACAUCUUUAAUGUCUUGGGAUAUCAAAUGUUAAAAAAUGGCAACUAUUUUGAUUUCUAGGAUGUUGCUCUUAAAUUUCACUUACAUAUGCAAAUAAGAGAUUAAUCAUUAUGUACUGCUAGAAAACUUAUUUGAACACGAGAUAUAUGUAUACUAUGUGUGGUUUUGUGAUCGUAUUCUGAAUUCAUCACACAUAGCGAGAGCGGGAGACAAGUGUAGAUCUCCAUAUUGUUCUUAUGUUUCUAACCCGAAAGACACAUUCCCUCAGUAUUAACUGUUUAUUUUACAUGAUAUCUUAUCUCAAAUCAAGACUGUCUUAAGACGUGUAAGUUUCUUUAAAUCUUACUAAGAUAUGACACUUUUGUCAAACAUGCAGCUACAUGUAGUGAUGAAAUCUUAUGAGACAGGUGUUAUUCAUAGGAUAACUUUGUGAAACAGGCACAUGAUUUUUUUGCUAUUAAUUCGUUUACGGCAAUUUAAUUUCACAGAAUAUUUGAUAUAACGGGUUGCUUUUGUAUCUCGCAUAAUUGUUUAAGAAUGAUUAAAAGCACAAUAUUUCCAUAAGAAUUUUUUAUUGUCCAUUUUUUAAAAAAAAAAAAAUUGUGGUAUUUCUUGUUUAAUGUUGCAUAACUGAUAAUUUUAUUUUAAGUAUAAAGUUGUCAGCAUACAAUCUGUAACCGUUUUUAACUCACCUGAACCGAAUAUUCACGUGAACUUUUCUGAUCACUCAUUGUCCGUCGUCCGUCUGUAAACUGUUCACAUUUUUGACCUCUCAUCUAAAACCACUGAGCCAAAUUUAACCAAACUUGGUACAAAGCAUAUUUAUGAAAAAAGGAUUCUAAAUUAUUCAAACAUAGGAUACAACCCUUUUUAAAGUGGAGAUAAUUGCGAAACAGUGAGAAUAGGGUGCAUGUCUUGAAUUGUUAAAAUCAUGAUCCCCGGACUAAAACCGGGGCCCCAAAUGUGGUGCAAAUUGAACAUGGUAAUAUAUAGGGAAAGUGUUUAAAAAUAUUCUUCUCAAAAACUACAAUGCUACAUUUUGAUUUUGUGAGAUUACAAUGCAAGCAUACUCCUAUAAUGUAGAUUUUAAAUUAUUAAAAUUGUGAUCCCCAGUUCAAAGUUUAGCAUAAAAAUAUAUAGCGAAAAUGUUUAAAAAUCUUAUUCUCAAAAAUACAAUGCUACAAUUUGUAAUAUUACUAUGCAAAAACCGGGGCCCCAAAUGUGGUGCAAAUUGAACAUGGUAAUAUAUAGGGAAAGUGUUUAAAAAUAUUCUUCUCAAAAACUACAAUGCUACAUUUUGAUUUUGUGAGAUUACAAUGCAAGCAUACUCCUAUAAUGUAGAUUCUAAAUUAUUAAAAUUGUGAUCCCCAGUUCAAAGUUUAGCAUAAAAAUAUAUAGCGAAAAUGUUUAAAAAUCUUAUUCUCAAAAAUACAAUGCUACAAUUUGUAAUAUUACUAUGCAAAAACCGGGGCCCCAAAUGUGGUGCAAAUUGA